AUGGCAAAGACAUUCAGCAAGGAGGAGGUUGCCUCCCAUAACAAGGGCAGCAGCUCUUGGGUUAUCAUUGACGAGGAUGUCUAUGAUGUUUCCAAGUUCCAAGACGAGCACCCUGGUGGAAAGAAGAUUCUCCAGCGAGUGGCCGGAAAGGACGCCUCGAAACAAUUUUGGAAGUACCACAACGAGGGCAUCUUGAAGAAGUACAAGGGUCAGCUGCAGAUCGGCUCGUUGGAUACGAAGAAGGCCGCUCCCGCACCCCCGGCACCUGCGCCCACACCGAAACAGGCUGCGCCCAAGCCGACCCCUGCCCCCUCUUCCGUGACAGCGCCUGCCACCGGUGAACCACAGGAUCCCUACGGAGACCUGAUCCCCUUCGCCGACCCUUCAUGGUACCAAGGUUAUGCCUCCCCCUACUUUAACGAAACUCAUGCCGCUCUCCGAGAUGAGGUCCGCCAAUGGGUCGAGUCCGAGAUCGAGCCAUAUGUGAAUGAAUGGGAGGAGACCAAGCAAGUCCCCGAAACCAUCUAUAAGCAGAUGGGCGAGCGCGGCUAUCUGGCCGGUCUCCUCGGUGUCCACUAUCCCGUGAACCACACCCAGCACCGCGUGAAGUCCGUGGCACCAGAGCGAUGGGAUCUGUUCCACGAGAUGUUGCUGACCGACGAGCUGUCGCGCGCUGGCAGCGGUGGUCUGGUCUGGAACCUGAUCGGUGGCUAUGGUAUCGGCUGCCCACCUCUGGUGAAGUUCGGCAAGAAGCCUCUCGUCGACCGAAUUCUGCCUGGUAUCCUGUCUGGCGACAAGCGCAUUUGUCUCGCCAUUACCGAGCCCGAUGCGGGCAGCGAUGUCGCAAACUUGGGCUGCGAGGCUAAGCUCACCGAGGACGGAAAGCACUACAUCGUCAACGGCGAGAAGAAGUGGAUCACCAACGGUAUUUACUCUGAUUACUUCACCACCGCUGUGCGCACCGGAAAGGACGGCAUGAACGGUCUCAGCGUGCUGCUCAUCGAGCGCGAAGCUGGUGGUGUCAGCACCCGUCGCAUGGACUGCCAAGGUGUGUGGUCUAGCGGUACUACCUACGUCACCUUCGAGGAUGUCAAGGUCCCCGUUGAGAACCUCAUCGGCAAGGAGAACCAGGGCUUCAAGGUCAUCAUGACCAACUUCAACCACGAGCGUAUUGGAAUCGUCAUCCAGUGUGUUCGUUUCUCCCGUGUCUGCUACGAGGAGUCUAUGAAGUACGCCCACAAGCGCAAGACCUUCGGCAAGCGCCUCAUCGACCACCCAGUCAUCCGCAUGAAACUCGCCCACAUGGCCCGCCAGAUCGAGGCUACCUACAACUGGCUUGAGAACAUCAUUUACCAGUGCCAGUCCAUGGAGGACACCGAGGCCAUGCUCAAGCUGGGCGGUGCUAUCGCCGGCUUGAAGGCGCAGUCCACUCAAUGCUUCGAGUUCUGCGCUCGCGAGGCUAGUCAGAUCUUCGGUGGUCUGAGCUACAGCCGCGGUGGCCAGGGUGCUAAGAUCGAGAGAUUGUACCGUGAUGUGCGUGCCUAUGCUAUUCCCGGUGGUAGCGAGGAAAUCAUGCUUGAUUUGAGCAUGCGUCAGAGCUUGCGUGUUCACGGCAUGUUCGGCAUGAAGCUAUAG